AUGCCGCUAUUGGUAGCAGAUGCUAGGCAACGUGUACACGAAUCAGAAGAAUCUCCCGUCGCUGCUAUGAAGAAACGACCAAAGAGACUAGACGAUGCAUAUGUUAUGUGGGUUUUUGGAUUUUUAGGUGUCCAUCAUUUCUAUCUUGGAAAUAUUGGUUUUGGUUUUGCUUAUUUGUUCACCAUAGGGAUGGGGGGAGUUGGUUGGCUAGUUGAUUUUUUCCGCAUGCCUGUGCUGGUCAGAAGAGCUAAUACACAUCCUCCAAGUCCUUUCAAGCAUCUAGAUAGUGCUUACGUCUUAACUUUCCCGUUAGGCUUUCUUGGAUUGCAGCACUUUUAUCUAGGCAAACCGGGCUUAGGUCUUACCUACUUAUUGACGUUUGGGUUAGUUGGCAUUGGAUUUUUGGCCGAUAUUAUCCGUAUGCCAUUCGUGGUCCGCGAAAUCAAUGAAUCAAUCGCCGCUGACCAAUUGAUUACUGUUACAGUUGACGAAAAUACCGAGAACCAAAGCGUUAAUUCUAACAUAAAUUCUCUUCAGGCUACCAAUAUACCCUAUCAAUCACCGCAACCACCAACUGAUUUACCUAAUGAACAAGCUAAAUCUCUGUUAAUUACCGAAACUAGUGCAGAUACGAUUAACGCUGCAGCUGCUCCGCCACAACAUCAUUUGCCUGAGCCUUAUGGCCCACCUCCAGCAUAUCAAUCCAUUGUUGAUGACAAUACUCCCGAAAUUCCCCGUAGAAAAUAG